AUGACCUUAUUGCUUUUUUCUGGCUCUGGAUCCGCACGUGCCGGAACUCUUAUUGUGUCCAACCAGUUGCAGACACGUGGUAAUGUUCCCGUCUUCGUCACGUGCGAGGAGGGUAUGUCCAAAUCCGUGCCUUUGGGUAAAAUGUUGUUGAGAGAGAUCCCAACCAUUGCCGGAAAUAAUACGACCGAUGGAUCUAGAGAGCAGCAGUACAUGUGCUUAGGAACCUUUUACUCCGUACCACGUUCCAGGCCCACUGUGAGAGCGAGGCCGUACAUUUUGUAA